UCGUGGGCGGGGCCCGGCCCUGGCAGCAGCAGAGCUGGAGCCGGAUCCCGCGCUGGGCUCAGCAGCCGACCCUGGGGCGAGCGCAACCUCGUGCCCUCCGCCGGUCCUCGUCGCCUGCAGCCUCGUCCCCGCCGCUGCCGCCGCCGCCUCCGCCCCGGGGCAUGGCCUGUCUGAUGGCCGCUUUCUCGGUCGGCACCGCCAUGAAUGCCAGCAGUUACUCGGCAGCGAUGACGGAGCCCAAGUCGGUGUGUGUCUCGGUGGACGAAGUGGUCUCCGGCAACAGGGACAUCGGGGAGACGGAGCUGCUGAACGGGCGUCUCAGGAGGGAGGACAACAACCUCACGGAGGCCCAGCGCCUGUCGUCCCUGCCCAGAAGGGCGGCCGUGAACAUCGAGUUCAAGGACCUCUCCUACUCGGUCCCAGAGGGUCCCUGGUGGAGGAAGAAAGGGUACAAGACCCUUCUGAAAGGCAUUUCCGGGAAAUUCAACAGUGGAGAGCUGGUGGCCAUCAUGGGUCCUUCCGGGGCUGGGAAGUCCACGCUCAUGAACAUCCUGGCCGGAUACAGGGAGACCGGCAUGAAGGGCGAGGUCCUCAUCAACGGCCACCCGCGGGACCUGCGCUGCUUCCGGAAGGUGUCCUGCUACAUCAUGCAGGACGACAUGCUGCUGCCGCACCUGACUGUGCAGGAAGCCAUGAUGGUGUCCGCACACCUGAAGCUCCAGGAGAAGGACGAAGGCAGGAGAGAGAUGGUCAAGGAGAUCCUGACGGCCCUGGGCCUGCUGUCGUGCGCCAACACGCGAACUGGCAGCCUCUCGGGCGGCCAGCGCAAGCGCCUGGCCAUCGCGCUGGAGCUCGUCAACAAUCCUCCUGUCAUGUUCUUCGAUGAGCCCACCAGCGGCCUGGACAGCGCCUCGUGCUUCCAGGUGGUCUCCCUGAUGAAAGGCCUGGCCCAGGGAGGGAGGUCCAUCGUCUGCACCAUCCACCAGCCCAGCGCCAAGCUCUUCGAGCUCUUCGACCAGCUCUAUGUCCUCAGUCAAGGGCAGUGUGUGUACCGGGGAAAAGUCUCAAAUCUUGUACCGUAUUUGAGGGAUUUAGGUCUGAAUUGCCCAACCUACCACAACCCAGCUGAUUUUGUCAUGGAAGUGGCAUCCGGCGAGUACGGCGAUCAGAACAGCCGUCUGGUGAGAGCCGUCCGGGAGGGCUUGUGCGACUGUGACCACAGGCGAGAGCCCGGGGGAGACGCCGAGGUGAACCCUUUUCUCUGGCACCGGCCCUCUGAAGAGGACUCCGCCUCCGUGGAGGGCUGCCACAGCUUCUCGGCCAGCUGCCUCACCCAGUUCUGCAUCCUCUUCAAAAGGACGUUUCUCAGCAUCAUGAGGGACUCGGUCCUGACGCACCUGCGGAUCACGUCUCACAUCGGCAUCGGCCUCCUCAUCGGCCUGCUCUACCUGGGCAUCGGGAACGAAGCCAAGAAGGUCCUGAGCAACUCUGGCUUCCUCUUCUUCUCCAUGCUCUUCCUCAUGUUCGCGGCCCUCAUGCCCACCGUCCUCACCUUUCCCCUGGAGAUGGGAGUGUUUCUUCGAGAACAUCUGAAUUACUGGUACAGCCUGAAGGCCUACUACCUGGCCAAGACCAUGGCCGACGUCCCCUUUCAGAUCAUGUUCCCGGUGGCCUACUGCAGCAUCGUGUACUGGAUGACGUCGCAGCCGUCGGACGCCGUGCGCUUCGUCCUGUUCGCCGCGCUGGGCACCAUGACCUCGCUGGUGGCGCAGUCCCUGGGCCUGCUGAUCGGAGCUGCGUCCACGUCGCUGCAGGUGGCGACCUUCGUGGGCCCGGUCACGGCCAUCCCGGUCCUCCUCUUCUCAGGGUUCUUCGUCAGCUUCGACACCAUCCCCACCUACCUGCAGUGGAUGUCCUACAUCUCCUACGUCAGGUACGGGUUCGAGGGCGUUAUCCUCUCCAUCUACGGCCUCGACCGCGAGGACCUGCACUGUGACAUUGACGAGACGUGUCACUUCCAGAAGUCAGAGGCCAUCCUCAGAGAGCUGGACGUGGAGAACGCCAAGCUCUACCUGGACUUCAUCGUGCUGGGCAUUUUCUUCAUCUCCCUGCGUCUCAUCGCCUACCUCGUGCUGAGGUACAAAAUCCGGGCCGAGAGGUAAAGCCCCUGGAUGUUAGGGGACAGGAGAACUGGACGCUGCGGCCAAGGGCCACUUCCAGAACCGGCGGCAAGCCCAGGCCUGAGGACACAGACGCCCCUUUGCCCCCACCCCCCAGGGACCACGUGUGGUGGCCGGGCGGCCAGUGGUGGAUGUUGCCGCCUGGCUGGGGUGGGUCCUUUCCCCAUCACCCUUUCUAGUUCUACCUAGGAAGACGAUGUAGGAAGUUUUUUGGUUUUUGUUUUUUUCACAUGCAAAAUUGUCAAAUAUCACAACCGGGGCAGAAUUUUAAACGGCAACGGAGCUGGUGAUGAGAGGCUUCCUUGGCAAAAUUCUCCCUUCUGACCCAGAAGCUCUGGUCCUGGCCCGGGGACUCAGGCAGCUCCCGGGGGUCCCUGGGCAGUCAGAUGUCUGGGAGCGGAAGGCGAAGCUUGGAGAGAUUCCAUUCUGUGACUGGUGUUUUCGUAGUUCCAUCUUUCUGCAAUUUGCCUCUUUUUUUUUCCAACGAGAAGUCAUUUUCCAAGCCACGAGGGGAUCAGUUUCAUGCUUUUCAGAACCUGCACCUUUUUCGUCCUGGUUGAAGACAGUUAUUCAGGGUAAAUAACCUCCUUUGUUUGGAGAUGUGAGGGGUUUUACCUCAUCACUGAGCUGGUCCCAUUGGCAGAUGGAACUUGAGGAAGAUGCUGAUGUGGGCUCCAGGUCAAAGGCAGACUUUGCUGGCGCUUUGCUAUGCGCUCAGCCCUGCAGACAUUUCCAAAAGGAACACAGAAAGUCGGAAGGCGAGAUCGGCCAUCUCUUUCAAAGUCUUUUAUUUUCCCCAGGUUUCUGAUUUCGAGCAAACUGUACGGAGUUUUUUUUUUUUUCUUCCUAACUUUCCGAGCAUCUUCAUUUUUGCCUGAAAAAGACUCUAGAAGAUCAACCCUGUUGAUGUAUCACAUUUUCUCUUCCUUCGCCUGUCACAUCAACUACCUCCACUGAACCUGGGAAGCUGGGCUUAGAGAAAUUCCAGGUGUGAAUGUCGCAGGACCUGCAGGUGCAGCCAUGAAGUAGGCGCUCUCUACUUCUUUCCUGCACAGGAGGGAGGAUGCUGGGAUUUCAUGAGAUCCAAGGUCUUUGCAAGAAACUGGCAAAGACUCAGUGUGGCUGAGGCGCCUGCAUCUCUGUCCAUCCACGAACCUGGAGUCGUGGGAGGCUCCGUCUCCCACAUCCGGUUUCCGUGGCAUCUCAGCAGCACCACCUUCUCAGCACCAGGCUAGUGUAGCCCUUCCUGACCUGAAACGCCUUUCCAGUGUCACGAGCACAUAAGGAAAAUCCCCCUGGGAGCCGUGGGCACGUGUGCGGGGUAAACGGCCUUUGAAUUCCCGGUGGGGUGGUCAGAAGCAGUGGGACCACAGGGUAGAAGGGGACACUGGCCAAAGAAGCUCCUCUGACGGCAGUGGGACUCCCUUUCCCCUUCUAGAAUCCCUUUAACCUAGAAUCAGGGUCUCCUAACGAAAGACUGUAUUUUCGUGGACCGAUUCGUUCACCCUCCCGAGCCUCCGCUUCCCCACCUGUAAGCAGCAGCACGAGGUCGCCUUCAAGGCGUAUUCUGCUCUGAAGUGUUCUGAGAUUCCUAGGCGGUGUUCCAGAAAUUUAUUUCCCACGUAAGAGAAGGAGAAAGGGCCAGCUUUUACUUAUAGGUGGAUUUGGUUCACAAAGGCUUGAAGAUCCCUUGGUCGCUUUGGAUCCCUUUUAGUAAAACACAAUCGAGGUACUGAAAAUGAAAUUUUCAUUUGCUUGUGUUGCACCAAAAGGUGGCGUUGCCUUCCAGAUUAUGUUCUUUAACCAGGGUCAAACUUAGCCUUUAUCAACAGUCCGUAUUCAAUUUCAAGGACAGUUUGCCUGUGAGAUGUCACACGUAGCAGGACCCACGUGGGAACAGCCUGGUGCAAUAGAGAGUUGGGAAGAGGAAAAGCUCCUUGAUCUUGUCCCAGAAGCCCAUCAGCUGAGGCCCAGCACUGAAACACUGCCUCCGGGUGAGCCCUUCCAGCCACAGGCCAUGGAGUCUAAGAAGGAAGUGACACCAGAGCCCGCACGGUACAGGACUGACCGGGCACAGGCAGCCUCCCGUCCCUCCCCGGAGCCCACAGGCGCUGUGUCUCAGCAAUUUCAGAAGGAAACAGUGCGAUUCCUCUAGAUUGAGAAUCUGGUUCCCAAGCAUCCGUAAACCCUCAAGAGGAAUUAGUGCUUCCCUAGGAGCUCAUGCUUCCUGCAUCUCAAGUCUCCACUCUUAGCAGAUUUUUUAUUCAUCCCUUCAAAGAUGAGGGACAAAUUAAGAUCCUUUCGGGGGGGGGCAGGUCUUGGGGGCUGUGGGGGCUGCUGCGCUGCCAGAAGGGAGAUGCUUGUGCAGAGAAACGUGGCGGUUUUGAAAGGAUGCCAACUGGGAUGCAGCGGGUACCGCAGCACAGCUGGCUUAGGAAGACCCAGGGCCUGCUGAGCGAGGAUGCUGACAGACCAGCCGUGCUGUCUGUCAUCCCUCCAGUCUCAGCAUCCCCUGUCCCUUGCUCGAGCUUUCCUGUCACAUGCCCUUGGCAGCACAGACCCAAUGCUGCAGUUAGACUCCCCGGCUAUUUUCCCUCUGCUUUCCGUAGUGUGCAGGGCAGUUUGACACAAUGCCUUAUUUAUCUCAGGCGAGACCAUCCACGUAACCUGCUGAUUUUAUUUCUCAGCAGGUGUGGGUACGAGCUGGGGGAGAAUGUCCUGCCUUUUGUACUUGGGAUUUCAAGCAGGCCGCCUCCCCAGCGCUUACGCUUUUAAGUCAUUUCUGAAUAUUUCCCGACUCAAAUCUUCCUUUCAUCGCUGAUUUUGCUUCUUCACUUAGAAGGAAGGAGUACUUUUGAUGAAGGAGGUGCUGCCUUCCCCGUUGUUAGUAGAGGCGGAAACAGAAAUCUGAAGAGCAUCUGUUCAACUGGAACUUGGGAGAGAAAGGGGCCCCACUGGGGUCCGGCCCCGGCUCCACGGAAGCGCUGGGGUCUGGAGCUGCCGACCACCCCGGCCUUCGCCUCUGAGCCCAUUCGCAGCCAUUCCCGCCUCGCUCUUCCCUGCUCUACCCGUUUACCAGCUUGAGAAUUAAAUGCUUUGAAGGCUCCCACGUGUGUGACCUGGGAGGGGAGGAAACCAGGCAAACAUCUGACAUAGAAGGUGCUGGCAUCUGACUGUCAUCUUGGGGGAGGAGCCUUCGAGACCAAGAAAGGGGGCAUAAGCUUGUAGGUAGAAACGUAGCCUGUAAGUAGAGUCUCCGAAAGAUCCUUUUCCCACCUGAGCAAGGCACUGCCAGGAGGUCAGGGGCCGACCAAGUCCGCGAAGUAGAAAUCCCUCUGGGGUCUCACGGAGGAGAGAAGCUGGGCCCCCCUGUACCGAGCAUCUCCUUCCCCGCUGGUCCGGAUGCCGGCUGGCUGGCUGGGUACCUUACCAACUCCUCGGUUCAGUUAUUCACUCAGCAAACAUGUGUUGACCCAUCCCCGUGUGCUUGGUGUGGCCCGGGCAUGGGGGACUGGGGAGGGGGCUCAGACCCAGCCUGCCUUUCGGUGCUGGUGGGCUGGAGGGCACCUCGUUCUGCAGAAGCCAAGCACCGCGGCCGGAGGGGGCCGGGAAAGAGCGGGCUUGGACUGCGAGCCCAAGCUUGAUGCUCCCGUCUGUUUCUCGCUUUGCCACAUUGCCUGCUGUUUGCAGUGGGCACCUGUGCCUGAAGAUGCUUUGCUAGCAUUAACUGCAAUUCUAGGCUCGUUCUGGACUUGCUGUCACCAGUCAGUGAGAUGGGAGGGUGGCCACGCCCCCUUCCGCAGUCGCCUUUGUGUGGGGGUGUCCCGAGCUGGCCCGGGGCCCAGCUUACCCCCAUCUCCGUGGAGAGGUGCCUUCUUCUGCCCUCGUACCUGUGUGCUCGCUGGGGCCCGAGAGGGACCGGGGAGUGUGUUUUGUGUGUGUGUGUGUGUGUGUGUGUGCACAUGUACCUGUGCACGCACACACGAGGGCACGUGCUGGCUCACUCCAGGUGUGUCACUAGUCGUAUUAUCUGUGCUGUCUCUAAAUCCUCACUCACCCUUUGCCCCGAAAAGGCAAGAAAAUUCCCUCCCCGCAGGCCCUCGCGGAGCGGAUGAAGUGGCUCAGAAUCCACUCCGACUUGCAGCAGAUGAGAUGCCAGCUCAGUUCGAGUGGGACAGACAGUAACGCCCGAGCCCCUAGCGGGGGCGGGGGGCAAUGUGUAUGGCUUUGGAGUUAGAAGCUCUUAAGAAAUAAAAUAUUUUAUAUAACACUUC